AUGCCAACCCCGAACAUGUCCACGUCUGCAGCCAAAGGCUUCCGCAGGGCGGUGUCGGAGCUGGACUCCAAGCAAGCUGAGGCCAUCAUGUCUCCGCGGUUCAUUGGUAGACGUCAAAGCCUCAUUGAAGAUGCCAGGAAGGAAAGAGAGGCUGCAGCUGCAGCCACUGAUGCUGCAGAGUCUACAGAGACCAUUGUCUUUGAGGAGAAGGAUGGGAGAGCCAUGCUGAACCUCUUCUUCAUGCUCAAGGGAGCAAAGACUUCACCACUGUCCCGUGCACUUAAGGUAUUUGAGACCUUUGAAGCUAAAAUUCACCACCUGGAGACCAGGCUUAGCCGAAAGCCCCGUGAAGGGACAGCUGAACUGGAGUACUUUGUGCGCUGUGAAGUCCACAGCUCUGACCUCAAUACUUUCAUUAGCUCCAUCAAGAGGGUAGCAGAAGACGUGAGGACCACUAAGGAGGACAAAUUUCACUGGUUUCCCAGAAAAAUCUGUGAAUUGGACAAGUGCCACCAUUUGGUCACCAAGUUUGACCCUGACUUGGACCUGGAUCACCCGGGCUACUCUGACCAAGUAUAUCGCCAGAGAAGGAAAUCGAUAGCAGAAAUUGCUUUUCAUUAUAAGCAUGGGGACCCGAUCCCUCGUGUGGAGUACACGGCGGAGGAGGUCGCUACCUGGAAGGAAGUGUACAGCACUCUGAAGAGCCUGUACCCCACCCAUGCCUGCAAGGAGUACCUCGAAGCUUUCAAUCUGCUGGAGAAAUUCUGCGGCUACAAUGAGAACAACAUCCCUCAGCUGGAGGAGGUCUCCCGCUUCCUGAAAGAGAGAACCGGCUUCCAGCUCCGGCCGGUGGCCGGCUUGCUGUCCGCGCGGGACUUCCUCGCCAGCCUGGCCUUCCGUGUCUUCCAGUGCACGCAGUACAUCCGCCACGCGUCCUCGCCCAUGCACUCCCCCGAGCCGGAUUGCUGUCACGAGCUGCUGGGGCAUGUCCCGAUGCUGGCCGACAAGACUUUUGCCCAGUUCUCUCAGGACAUUGGGCUGGCGUCUCUGGGAGCAACUGAUGAAGAAAUUGAGAAACUUGCAACGCUUUACUGGUUUACAGUGGAGUUUGGGCUCUGCAGACAGAAUGGGAUAGUCAAAGCCUACGGAGCCGGGCUCCUGUCUUCCUACGGGGAGCUCAUACACUCCUUGUCAGAUGAACCAGAGGUGCGGGAUUUCGACCCCGAUGCUGCUGCCGUUCAGCCCUACCAGGACCAGAACUACCAGCCUGUAUAUUUUGUGUCCGAGAGCUUCAGUGAUGCCAAAAGUAAACUGAGGAGCUACGCGGCACACAUCAAGCGGCCCUUCUCAGUGAAAUACGAGCCCUACACCCACAGCAUCGAGCUCCUGGACAGCCCUCAGACGAUCUGUCACUCCCUGGAGAGUGUAAGGGAUGAGCUUCACUCGCUGAUUAACGCGCUGAAUGUUAUCAGUUAA